AUGUCUAAAGGAAAGAUGAAUGCGGAUCUAGGACAUGCGUUAAAGCCCUUUGACGGCAAGGAUGACUUCACGGACUGGCAAAGGAUGAUGAAGAACGUACUGAUACAGCAAGAUUUGGAUGAUGCACUCAGCGGUGAGAAGCCAGCAAGCAUGACAAACACAACAUGGACUAAGGUUCUCAAGAAAGCCAAGAGUUCCAUCGAGAUCCAUCUCACAAGAUCAGUUCGGUCACACAUCACCGAAAAGAUGAUUGCCCAAGAAGCAUGCGAAAAGUUGGAGAAUGUUUAUAUGGGCAAAACCGUGUCCAAUAAACUUUUUCUAAAGGAUGAACUAUUCGGACUUCGACUGGAAGAAAGAGGUGAUAUUGAAGAUCACGUCGAAGAAACUUACAAAGAUGAUGAUAUGGCUAUCAUCUUACUAAGGUCUCUACCUUCGUCUUUCAAGCACUUUCAAACAACUCUAAUGUUUGGAAAAGAGUCCCUGAAGCUUGAAGACGUAAUUCAAGCUCUUCAGUCAUAUGCUAAACUAGAUGAUAUAACUAAAAGCUCUCAAGGCCUUUAUGCAAAAGGCAAGGAGAAGGGGCUGGAAAAGACAAAGGAAGAGAAAAUAGGCAACAUAGGUAGGUCAAAAUCCAAGAAGAAAAAGGAAAAGAAGGAAGGUUGCUUCGAAUGCGGUUCAACCGAUCAUUGGAAGAGGAACUGCAAGAUUUGGAAAGAGAAGAAAGCCAAGAGGGAAGGAAGCUCAGGUUCAGCUAGUGCAGUCACUGAGCAUGAGAGUGACGGGGAGUUUCUUUCAGUAACAUCAGGCUCCAAGGCUUUCACAAAUUGGAUUUUGGAUACCGGAUGCACUUUUCAUAUGUGUGCAGUAAGAGAAUGGUUCGAUACUUACAAAGAAGUCAGCAGCGGGGAAGUUUUAAUGGGGGACGAUUCUUCAUGUCCUGUAAAAGGAAUCGGUAUUGUUCUAAUCAGAAUGUUUGAUGAGAUGAUACGAGUUUUGGGGAACAUGAGGGCUGGCUAUGGGUACAAGUCUAAAAGGGAAGACUCAGGGACCACCAUAGUCGGGGGAGCAGCUGGUUUUGCUCGGGCACAUAAGCCAGAAAGGGUUGCAAGAAUUACACAAGCAAGGCCUGUUGGAGGCGUGUCAUCUUGCAAACUGGACUUUUGUGAAUAUUGUGUUCUUGGAAAGCAAAGGAAGGUAUCAUUCACAAGUAGCAGUGCAGAUAAUCGAAGCAAGGAGCAACUUAGCUAUAUUUACUCAAAUGUUUGGGGCCCUGCACCAACCAAAUCAAAUGGUAGAGCCAGGUAUUUUGUUACUUUCAUGGAUGAUCUUUCUAGGAAGGUUUGGGUUUAUUUCAUGAAGCAGAAAUCCGAGGUUUUUGCAAAGUUCAUGGAAUGGAAAACAAAAACCGAGAAUCAAACUGGAAGAAAGAUCAAGUACCUGAGAAGUGACAAUAGAGGUGAAUAUACAAGUAAUGAGUUCACCGAUUACUGCAGGCAAGAAGGCAUCAUAAGACACUUCACAGUAAAGAAGAAUCCCCAACAAAAUGGAGUUUCUGAGAGGAUGAACCAAACUCUCAUGGAGAGAGAGAGAGAGAGAGAGAGAGAGAGGAGCAUGCGAUUUCAUGCAGGAUUGCCUGAUAGUUUUUGGGCAGCGGCUGUUAAUCAUGCAAGUUAUUUGAUUAACAAAUCACUAUCUACAGUUCUAGGUUUUAAAAGUGUAGAAGAGGUAUGGUCUAAGAAGCCAAUGGACUAUUCCAAGCUCAGGGUCCAAGCUCAAACAAAGUCUACACAUUGCAUAUUCUUAGGUUUUGAGAAAGGAGUGAAGGGUUUCAAGCUUUGGGAUAUUAACAACAGGAAAAAGGUUGUCAACCGAGAUGUUGUCUUUGAUGAGACAACCAUGCCUCUGAAUAAAGUCGAGAGCAGUAGGGAGAAGAAAGACAAUGUUGAAAUUAAAGCAACAAAGAUUUUGUUAAUCAAUUCAGAUGAAAAAGAAGCUCAGGUGGAGCAAAUUGAGCAAGAUGCCGAAUCUGAUGGUUUUGAGGAAGAAGAAGAGCAUCAACAUCGUUCACCAGUUAGGAAUCAAGUGGAGCAAGAAAUAGGGCAGAUUGAAGGCACUCUAAUCUACCAGACAUCCCAAAGGGUUCAAAUUCCAACCAACAAUCCACCUACAUUCCAGAGAUGCAUAGCACUGGACAAACCUAAUUGGAACAAGAAGGAACCUGAUAGGUUUGGGUUUAACCAAAACGAAGUUAAUUAUGCUCUCAACAUUAGUCAAGGAGAUCCAACUACUUAUUGA